AUGGGGUGUGGGCACCGCUUUUGCAGAGCGUGUCUCUCCCGGAGCUGGAGAGUUGCAGCCCCAGCUUUCUCUUGUCCUGAAUGCAGGCGAGUGUCCCAGGUCAGAGAAUUCCCGGCAGUCGAUGGGCACCUAGCGCGGUUGACUGACCUGAGCCAAGAGCUCUGCUCCCAGCUUGUGCAGAGCACUGAGGCACAGAGCCGGUGUACCAGGCACAAGCACGUGCUCAAGGUGUUCUGUGAAGAGGACCAGACACCCCUCUCUGUGAGAUGUUCCCGGAGCCCAGGGCAUGGGGCUCACCAGCUCUCUCCUGUACGAGAGACAGCUCACAGUUUCAGGGAGAAGCUCCAGCGCAUUCGGACCCGCGUGCGGAAGCAUUUGAAGGAAGCUGAGAAACUGCUCGCUAAGGGGCAGACACCUGCUGUUGACUGGCGCCGCAUGAUCUCAGCAGAAUAUACCAAACUUGAGGACUUCCUCCUGUCGGAAAAAUCCCGACGCCUUGAGAGGAUGAAGGAGGACGAAAGGGCAAGCCGGGCCAGACUAUCCCAGCGUCUGCAAACCCUUCAGGACCUCCUGCUAGAGCUGCAGAGAGCUGACCACCGACCCAGUGUGGAUCUGCUACAGGGAGUGAAGCAGUUGCUGGGGAGGAGCGAGUCAGUGUUGUCCCAAAGGGCCAAGGCUGCCACCCCAGAGCUGGGAGAAGACCCCCUCCCUGGAGUGAUAGAGAUCCUCAGCGGUUUCCGAGUGGACAUCACCCUGGACCCCACCUCAGCCGGUCCCUGUGUGACCGUUUCUGAGGAUCUAAGGAGCGUGAAGGCUGAAGAAGGCUGGCAGGUGGAGAACCCGCACCCCGAGGACCUUGCUCGCCAUUACGUCUUUGCUGAGCAGACCUUGAGCUCAGGCAGACAGUACUGGGAGGUGGACGUGACUCAACUGCCUCAGUGGACACUGGGGAUCCAUACCCCACACUCAAGAAUAAAGAGGGGCAGGAACGUGGACUCCUGUCCCCCUGUGUUUCUGCUUCGCUGUGUCAAGAAAGAAGAGGGUUCCUAUUUCCAAUCAUAUCCUGGAUCGCUGAACUACCGAGUGAGAGGCCCUGUGCCCAGGAUUGGGGUGUACCUAGAAGAUGCCCCUGGCACGAUUGCCUUUUACAACGUUCUCCAGCGGUCCCUCAUUUAUAGGUUCUUCCCCAUUGUCUUCACAGAGCCCAUCUCACCCAUCUUUUCUCCUGGCCCCCCACUUCCAGGAACAAAGGCUGGUCCCAUGACUCUCUGUCCAGUGGACUCUCAUCUUUGUGCUUGCUGCUAUUCCCCUCUGUGA